AUGGCACCCCGUAACAUCCCCUCCUUCUAUAUCCUCUGGCAUCUCUACCUCGAGCCUCUCCUCGCCCUUAGCGGAGCUUAUUAUCUCCACUUCGCCCCAUCCAUCUACCAUUCCUACAUGCCGCCGUCCACGUCCUACAACCCUACAUCGCAAAUCGUCUACGACCAGCUCGCCUCGUCUUACGUAUUCUUCGCCUUCAUAGAGGGCGUGGCACUAAGAGUUGUUGAUGAUUUGCCGACGUGGCGCGUUCUCGUGUUUGGGCUGGCAUUAUGUGACGCGGGACAUUGUUAUGCGGCGUGGUAUGCGAUGGGAACGGAAGGGGUACUGGAUUGGGCGGCGUGGAGGGCGAGGGAUUGGGUUGCGAAUGUUUUGAAUGUUUUGCCGUUGGUUGUGAGGGGGGCGUUUUUGAUGGGGGUUGGUAUGGGUGGCGGGAAGGAAGGAGGGAGGACGUGA